AUGUCGUCCAAGUUCUCUUUCAAGCCGCUCACAUUGGCGCCCAUCAAUUUCUCUCUCACCGAAGGCACCUCGAUACCCGCGCCGCUCGACAGCCCACCCGACACUCCGCGCCCUCCCACGCCCGGCAAGGGCCCACUGUCGUCGCAUCCGACUUCACCUGGCGCCUCGCCCACAAGAGAGUCGCCAGACUCGCCGCCUCUGGGUAAGACGUCAGACGACUCCACCGCGCCUGCCCAUCUGGCUCAGAGCCGCACAAGUGAUGCGGCAAGCACCCAUGUCUCCCACGAGCCCUUCGAGCAAGCGGCCCGCGGUCGGUUCGGCAAGUUUUUGGGCAUCCCGCCACCCCUUUCUUCUUCAGACAGCCUAAAGUCCGAGCGCCCGGGCUCGCCAGCGACAAUAAACAGCCAGGCGCCCAGUCUGAACAGAAGGAAAAGCGGAAGCUGGUUCGGCAAACGGAAGACGUUCGCCGUCGGUGCCGUGCCAGAAGGAAACGUCGACACGACGACAAACUUCAACGGCCGUACAGUCUCGCAACCCGUCGCACAGGCCGCGCCCGCACCCAAGCCCAAGGGGCCGCCGCCGCCUGCCCUUCCCGGCCUCAGCUCCUUUGGUGUCAACGAAGACACGCUGAGUCUGGGUGCCGACGACAUGUUUGCAAAUAUAGGAAAAGCAGAGGUGCCCAAGUCGACGAGAUGGUAG